AUGUGGCAUAGCAGUUUAUUAGUAAAGGAAUUCUUGUGUUCCGACGGGACGGGCAUAAGUUAUGAUAAAGUGUGUGACUUCAUUGCCGACUGUCCUGGGAAGAAUGACGAAGAUGUCUGCGGUGACUGUAAUUUCGAGAUGGGAUCUUGCGGCUGGACAUUCCUCGACACAAACGACAACAUCUGGAAGCGAGGUCGGAACAUGACAGAGGACUCGGGUGUUGAUUUCAUAUACGACCACACCCUGGGAACAGACGCCGGGUACUUCGUUUACACCAGCGAGCAACCCAGCGACGUAGAGGGCCCUGCUGUAAUGGUCACCAAUUCCCACCACAAUUCACAUCUUCAGUGUGCUAUGGAGUUCUGGUUUAGAGAGAACUCCGUAAUCGAGUCUGGUCGCCACGUGCAUCUUACCGUGAGCGUUAAUAAAGAUGGCCAGUCCUCUCCAGUAUUCUUCCUCAUCGAUAGCAAGAACAGAGACUGGAUGUUUGCAUCGGCCAGGCUCAUGGACUGGCAGGGGGAAUUCACCGUGCAGAUCGAAGGUCAGAACGACAAUGGCCCGGCUGACCUGACCCUUGAUGACAUCACAUUCACUGGCUGUGCCUUGCCUGUGUCCUCCUCCGACUGUCUUCCUUACCAAUUGAAAUGUUCCUGGACAGGAUUGUGUAUUGAACCGGACCUCAUGUGUGAUAAUACGAACGACUGCGGUGACCUCAGUGAUGAACAGAAUUGUGGUGCAUACCCGAAUAUCUGUGACUUUGAGGAAGAUCAACUGUGUCUUUGGACUCAAGAACCUGAAAACGAUGACAUUGACUGGCAGUAUGGGAGUGGUCUGACACCUGCUGGCAGUAGAACUUUCCUGACAGGCCCUCCCGUCGACCACACAACUCGACUCUCAGUUGGCCACUACAUGUACAUCACAAAUCCUUCCUCCCUUAAUGCAGAGGAAGAGAAGGACACGAAAACAUACCGUGCUUGGCUACUUAGCCCUGUUUUGACUGUGGAAGGAGACGAUUCGGUCGACUGCAAACUUCGAUUCCAUUACUACAUGUAUGGAGAACAUGUACAGGAGUUGAAUGUCUACAUCGCAACGGAAUCGAAUGGAGAGAAGAUUCUGGCUUUCAGGAGGACAGGGGAACAAGGACAGUUUUGGGAUCGUGCAGUUGUGCAGGCUUCAGUCAGUGAGGACAAGCCAUUCCAGUUUAUCAUUGAAGGAGUUACUAGCAAUCUCGAAUUUACUGAUAUUGCUAUUGAUGAUCUCUCAUUCACACAAGUCUGCACGCAAGUCAAUAAUACUCUCCCUAUAGGAUCCACUCCAAUGCCUCCAUAUAAUCCCUGUAGUGAUGAUGAAUUCUAUUGCAGGACAAAGGAUGAGUGCAUCCCCAAUGCAAAUAGAUGUGAUUGGAAAGCAGAUUGCAGUAAUAAAGCUGAUGAAGAGAAUUGCGGUGAGUGUGAUUUCGAAAAUGGCAUGUGUGACUGGUCAGACGUUAGUGAAGGCCUCUUCCAGUGGAAACGGAUUGUUGCUAAGUCAAUAAGCGCAUAUGAACACCCACAUCUAGAUCAUACUUAUGGAGUGCCCGAAGGACAUUAUGUGUAUGUUGAGGGUGCAGAAGGUAUAGAGGGUAAGACAGCAGUCAUGGUGAGCCCACCAGUACAACACACAACAGGAUACUACUGUGAAUUGCAUUUUUGGGUGUACGUCAAGAAUGGCUUGAAUGCACACCUCGCUCUGUAUUAUCACAAUGAUUAUGAGGACAUUGAUCAUCUACUCUAUAACUCAACAUACUCAGUAGAGGAGGAACUAUGGUAUGAAGUCAUUGCACCGGCCAGACUUACACCAAGAAAAGCUUACUUCAAGUUGGCUGCAACUCCAGUCUUUGACCAGAGUAGUGACUGGGCUGCCUCUCACUCAGCUCUUGCUGUUGAUGAUAUUGAUUUCUUCAAUUGUAAUGAGCUUCUUCUGGGACUGGACUGUGAUUUUGAAGAACCUGAAGAUUGUAACUGGAGGCAAGAUCACUCUGCAGAGCGGGAGUGGAAAAUGAGUGACAUAUACCACGGUCAACUUGGCGACCACACUACAGGUGAGGGCAAGUACAUGUACGUGGACUUUGUGACUCCGGCAAACAAAGGUGAUAAGGCAAGAAUGUUGAGUACAGCCCAGUCUGAGCCACAUGAUUCUAAGAACGUCUUCUCUCUGUGGUACUACUUCUAUGGCGAAAAUGUUGGAAUAUUCAGAAUUAUACAGAUGCUGCAAAAUACAAAACAAAAUGAAACUCUGUUUGAGCUUAAGGAUUCUCAAGAAGAUCGAUGGAUGUUAUUUGAAAAAAGUCUUGAGCCAAAUGAUGACUACACCAUUAUCAUUGAGGCAGAGUGGGAGGAGGCAGGUCUUGGAUUAGUGGCGAUAGAUGACAUAAAAAUGACUUCGAAGCUGACCCAAGCUUUAUGUGACUUUGAGGAGGACUUUUGUCAAUGGAAACAGGGUGAAGGAGGCACCACAGUUUGGAAGAGGGACCGGGGCAAGCAUAAUGUGACUGAAAACCCUCCUGUAGAUCACUCUACUAAUACAGAAAUGGGAUAUUAUGCUUACCUGAAAAUAAAAGCAAAGCCUGAAAAAAGGGGAUUCCUGGAGUCUCCCUUAUACGAGUCUGUGGGUGUUCAGUGCCUUAGGUUCUGGUAUCAUUUGCUAGGAGAAAAGGUUGGAGAUUUGGCAGUGGCCUUGAAAGACCCAUUAAUAUCAGAUAAGUUUAUUCCUGUUUGGUCUCAUGGAUCUAACACGUUUGAGAUGUGGAGCCUUGGUAUGGUAACUCUUCCAGACCUGCAGAAAUUUGUGGUAAGGUUUGAAGGUAUCACAGGAACAAACAAUAUGAGUAGUAUUGCUUUGGAUGAUAUUGAAUUCGUCCCUGGCACUUGUCCUAGAAGACACGUAUGCGAUUUUGAAUAUGAUCUCUGUGACUGGUACAAUGAAGACACUGGUGAUGACUCAUUUGACUGGAUAAGAGCUACAGGCAUAGAAGGCACAGGACCUCUGGUGGAUCACACAAUUAAUUAUGAGACAGGUCAUUACAUGCUUGCUAAGCUUGAAGGUAAGAAGAAAGGAGACUCUGCCAAGCUGUUUAGUGGUACAGUCCCUGCAAAACUCAAGUGCAUAACUCUGUGGUACUCAAUGCAACACAUAGUUGAUGCAACCCUCAGUGUUAAUUUAGUAGGGCAAGGUGAUGGAGACCCUCUGUUGCAGGUUUAUAAUUCUUCCUUAGAAUAUCUGUGGGAAGAAGCAGUUAUAAUAACAGACAUAAUAUCAGACACCUAUGAAGUAGCAUUACUUAUCCUUGUUGAUGAAGAUAUAACAUUCUCUGAAUAUGAUGCAGUUGCAAUUGAUGAUAUUGCAUUUACUGAGAACUGUCAGGUUAUCACUCUUCCCCCACCUUUAACUACACCUGAACCCACUCAUCUGCCGACGGUAUAUGACUGCGAUUUUGAGAAAAAAGACAGCCCCAUCUGUUACUGGGAGCAAGAUAAAGAUGAUGGAUUUGACUGGAGGCACUGGCAAGGGACACCACCUGAUGGUGUGGAGACAGGGCCAGACAGUGACCAUACUACCAUGGCAAAGGACGGUCAUUACAUCUAUGCUUUCCCCAAUGAAUAUUCAAAUGAAAUUGGUCGAUUGAUCAGUCCUGACUUCAAUGUUGGUACUAGUGCUGCAUGUUUAUCUUUCUGGUAUCACAUGCAUGGAUUUGAAGUUGGGAAAUUAACAGUGAAAAUGGAGACAGACAGUAAUCACAGCAAAGCGCUGUGGGAAAGGUCUGGUGAGCAAAGCCGUGAAUGGAUUCAAGGUAAAGUCCAGUUUUCUAAUGGUGACAGUGGCAAGAUGAUAUUAGAAGCACAUGUUAAGAAUGCAGGGCGCGGCAAUAUUGCUAUUGAUGAUAUACUGUUUGAUUUCAGUCCAUGUAAGAGCAGUGGACUCUGUGACUUUGAGAAUGGUAUGUGCCAUUUCGAGCAGUCACUAGAAGAUGAAACUGACUGGGAUCUAGUAACAGCAAGUUUAGAUGAGGACUUAAAUGUCCCAAGCUCAGAUCACUCCACUCAAGAGGCUGGAGGCCACUACAUCAGGCUUACAGAUCCAGGAACAUCUAUGAUAUUCACUAAUGAGUUCGAUCCUAAAUAUAGAUGUGUUGAGUUCUGGGUAUAUCUGGAUGGCUAUGAGGGAUAUGAUGCAUCAACUCUGACAGUUUACACUCGCUUGGAUGGGAAUAUCAAUCCUGAACCUCUACUCUACAUUGGAGAUAUCCUUGGACGCAGCUGGAACCACUAUGUUUUGCCUGUGGCACUUCCCAAACCUUACUCUCUUGCCUUUGAAGGCACUGUAAGAGGUGGGCAAUACAUAAUAGGCUUAGAUGAUAUACAGCCACGCCUAACAUGUGAGCCAAUGAGUGAGUGCAAUUUUGAAGAAGAUCUAUGCAUGUGGAAAAAUAUUCCAGAAGAUGACUUUGACUGGAUGCUUGGAAGUGGUGAUCAACUCACAAAUGUAAAUGCUCCACCAGUAGAUGUUACACUAGGAUCUCCUUAUGGAAGUUAUGCCUUUGUUGAUACAUAUAGUGCAGUAAAUAAGAACAAUAUAACUAAAGGAGUCUUGGAAUCUAACAUUAUGGAAGCAGAAGAUCGAUGUGUUAGUUUCUGGUAUCACAUUCAAAGUUCAGGGUCACCAAGUCUAAUUCUUAGUAUUAGAAAUGCAUAUGAUACCCAACUUACAGAUGUAUGGACUCACAGUGGUACUUUGAUGGCAGACUGGACAUUUGUGCAAGUCAAUAUAAGCAAAUACGAGAGAUAUGGCUUAAGAUUGAGUGCUACCUCAGACCAUGGAGAAGUCGGAGUAAUUGCAUUGGAUGAUGUUAAAGUGGAAAGUGGACUUUGUUCAAAUUCGUCACAACCAGACUGUGUGACAAAAUGUGACAACCUGUGUAUACAUGAGGAACAAAUGUGUAAUUUCAUACAGGACUGUAGCCUUGCACAAGAUGAGCGUUUCUGUGGAUACAACUGCACAUUUGAACAAAAGGGUGCUGACCAAGAACACUGCCAGUGGAAAACCAUCAAUGAAGAUCAUUCAGUGUUCAUAUGGCAACAGCUCUCAGGCAUGAUGGAUAAUCCCUUCGGACCUCCAUUAGACCAUACAUUACUUACACCUGAAGGACACUACAUGGCAGUUGUCCCAAUAACAGUCGAGUCCCGAGAGGGAGACCAAGCCAUCCUUCAGAGUCCAACGCUGCGAAAUUCUGCAGCAUACUGCCGCAUGCGUUUUUACUAUAUUGUGUAUGGAUCAACUGCAAAUAAUAUCGGGACAUUGAGAGUGGUAUACCAAGUUGAUGACAUAACUGUAGAAGUGGUAAAGUUUACUGGAAAUCAGGGUGAUGAGUGGAAGGAAGGUAUAGCAUAUAUUGGAAGAAUAUCAAAGGAAUUCCAUGUAAUGUUUGAAGGAGGUCGUAAUCUAGAAGUGGGUGGUUAUAUAGCUGUUGAUGAUAUUUUGUUUGAAAACUGCUUCCUUCCUACACCACAGGAUCCUGGGGAAUGUACAGACUAUGGAUGUAUCAAUAUGGCCUGUGUAUCAAUGUUUGAGAGAUGUGACUUUGUUGAUGACUGUGGAGAUUACUCCGAUGAGGACACCGAGUUAGCAGAUUGCUAUAAAUUUUAUGCCAGAUGUGACUUUGAAGAUGGUAAUCUCUGUGAGUGGUUCACUGAAAAUGAGAACAACUGGCUGCUUGGAUCUCCAGACACUCAGGAUAUUAUUCCACCACGGGAUCAUACAACUAAUACAGCUAUGGGAACUUACCUUUACAUUGAAAGUACACAGAGUAAUAUAAAUGCAACAGCUGGCUCUCUUGUAAGUCCUGUCAUAAAAUGGGAGAGAAAUCAGCCUAAUGCUCCUCCAUGCAUAUUGCGUUUCUUCUACUAUAUUGAUGGACCUGCAGUGGACAGUCUAGUUAUAUCUACAAGGAGUACAGUCAAUGGGCCACUUACUGCUCAUUUGACAAUAAAAGGGGCCGUGGGUCCUUACUGGGAGAGAGCAGAAGUGUAUGUGCCACCUCAUUACAUAAUGGAUAACCCUGUCCAGUAUGUCAUCAAAGCUGCCACUCUAGAUUAUACAGCAGAGCAACGAUCUGUGAUAGCCAUUGAUGAUAUCUCUUUCAGUGAGACCUGUGGUAAAGGGGAUUAUCUGCCCACAGGACCACCUGUUGUCACCACAACUACGUCCGGUCCAUGCAGCAAUGAUUACCAGUGUGAAAAUGGAGCUUGUAUCCCCAUGGACCGUGUUUGCAACUUCAUUAAUGAAUGCAUGGAUAACUCAGAUGAAAGAACGUGUGCCGAGUGCACCUUUGAUGAUGGCAUUUGUGGCUGGCAAGAUCAGAGUCAUGGUGCAUAUUUUUGGUCCCGAGAAGAAUCUCCCACGGAGGGGCUUGCAGGCCAAGUCAUGAUUGCGGAAGAAAGGUUUGGCAGCAUUUCACCAUCAGCUGACCUUGUGAGUGUACCUCUUGGCCGGUCUCAUGUAUCAUGUGUUAUGUCUUUCCGUUAUUACAAACAGGGAGGAGAGAACGGUGGAUCGGCAUUACGUGUAUAUCUGAAAAGCAAUUUAGGAAAUGAGUACACAAUAUGGUCUGUUCUUAGUGAUAUGGGAUCAGACUGGCAUGAACAGACUAUUGGAAUAGGUGAACACGAAGCAGGCUGGAGUCUGAAAUUUGAGGCAGAUAACUAUGAAAAGGAGGGACUGAUAAUGAUAGAUAACAUUCACUUCAUUAACUGUUCUGUCCCAGAACCAACAAUAUGCAAACCUGAUGAGUUCAGUUGCUUAAAUGGCAACUGCAUUGAUCACAGUGCUCUUUGUGACUUCAGUGAUGACUGUGGAGAUAAAACAGAUGAGCUUGGUCUCGUAUGUGAAAAAUAUCCAGAAAGAUGCACAUUUGAAGAGGACUUCUGCAGGUGGGAACAAGAAAGCAGUGAACUCCAGUGGAUUCGAAAGAAUGGCGAUACAUUAGCAGAGGAUGUAGGCCCAGAUUAUGAUCACACAUAUGGAAAUGAUACAGGAUAUUACUUGUAUUUGGAAAGUGCCAUUGGCUCAACAGGAAAAUAUGGCCGAAUAUCUAGCACCUCCUUUUAUCCUUCAGCAGGCGAGUGUGAAUUCAGGUUCUGGUACAUGAUAAGAGCCCAACAGAAUAUCGUCUUAACUGUAUAUGCAGUUGAAACAUCUGUGAAUUCACAGAAGGUACAGAAAGAAAUAUUCCACACAACAGGAUCUGAGGAAUAUCUAUGGGAAAAGGUGGCUGUCUCUGUUAAUUUUGCGCGAUAUUUCAAGAUCAUGUUUGAGGGUAAAGUAGGAGAGCCAGUCACUGGAGACAUUGCCAUUGAUGACGUUUCAUUUUCACCAGAUUGUCAGAUAACCACACUACCACCAGGGCAGUGUCAGGAGGACGAGUUUCUGUGUGUAGAAUCCAAGACAUGUAUAAUUAAGACAAAAGUGUGUGACUUACGUUAUGAUUGUCAAGACGCUAGUGAUGAGGUCAUGUGUCCAUCUUACUGCAAUUUUGAAGUGGAUUCGUGUGGAUGGCAGGAAGCUGUCAAUGAUAGUCUCAACUGGGUAGUAGCAAGAGCUAAUGAUAGCUCCUUUGGAACAGAAAAUGGUGGUCCAUAUGAGGAUGCAACGCACCUGAAGGCAGGACAUUUCCUUCUCCUUUAUAAGACCAGUGAAAAUGUAAAAGAUCAAGAGGGUUAUACUCAUACACACUGGUAUCAGAACUCUGCCCCAUCCUGUCGAUUCAAGUAUUGGUACUACAUGAAUGGAGUCUUGGGAUCUGAUGUAGUUCUUCGACUGAACAUUACGCCAGAAAUCUUCACAAACUUGACCUUCUUCAACUCAAAUUCUAAUGAAGAUGGAGAAUGGCUGUCUGAUGAGGUUGGUAUAGGUAGACAGAAAUCACCAUUCCAGGUAUCCUUGUACAAGAUUCCAUCCAAUGAUUACUAUGGGAAGUUUGCCAUUGAUGAAGUAAAGUUCGAGAAUGACUGCCACUAUCCUGACCCACAACCAGAUGACUGCGAUAUGAACUUCCUCUGUCCCAUCACAAAGGUGUGUGUCUCUUUGGAGAACGUGUGUGAUAUGAGCGACGACUGCGGUGAAGGUGAAGACGAGGCUUCGGGACAGUGCAAUGAAUACCAACGAUACACACUCGAGGACAAUAGCUGGAAGGACUGGUUUGAACAAGGGGAGAAUGGUGUUGAUGACGACUUCGACUGGACAUUAUGGAGUGGAAGCACGGAAGUUCUGGGCAUGGGCCCCAACUUCGACCAUACAACAUUCAGUCACGCUGGCCACUACUUUUACCUUGAUGCCUCAUUCCUAUAUAAUAAGGUAGCCUGGCUGAAGACCAAGCCAAUGAAAACUAAAUCUACGUGUUUCUUCACUUUCUAUACCCACAUGUAUGGUGAAGAAGUGGGAUCUCUCUCAAUAUUACUGAAAGACGCUUCUUCGGCAACAAAUCUGCUCAUGAACAUGACCGGCUCCCAAGGAAAUGUGUGGCGGAAGGUGUCCUUUAUGGUAGAUGCAAGUUCCGUGGGAGAGGAAUUCCAGUUAAUCAUCGAAGGGCGUGUUGGCGAAAAGGUGCUCGGGGAUAUCGCUAUUGACGAUUUCGUAUUUACGCCGGAGUGCAGCCUCGUCAACCCUCCGCCUCGAAAUUGCACUGCCAGUGAGUACCGUUGCAAAAGCGGCACGUGUCUGCCAUUGACCAGCAGGUGCAACUUCGUGGUCGAAUGCCCGGAUGGAGACACUUCCGACGAGGAUGGGUGUGUUCCUCAAAAGUGCAAUUUCGAGGGUCGAGAUAUUUGCAACUGGGAGGUGAAAUCGAACGACCAUAACACGCCGGAGAGAAACGUUGUAUUCACCUGGGAAUUCUUACGCGGAGUAGAAGUCGCGAACAACUCCGACCAAGCGCUCUACCAACCCCCUCUGGACCACACGCACGCAGAUGCAGACAGCUACUACAUGUUUACCUCGGCCGAAAGGGGAAACUUCGAAGAUUCAACAGACCUCAUUAUGUCUAUCCCCAUUGGGGAGUCUGGCACCACAUGUCGUGUUCGUGUAUGGUACUGGCUCUACGGUGCCACGCCUGGCUCUCUCCAUGUGACACUUGUGUCGGAGUCAGAAGAGGUCGUAGAAAAAUGGAUGACGGAUGGAAAUCAUGAAAAGAAUUGGAAUGUGGUUGAGGUGCCUCUCGGCCAUGUCGUGGACCAGCGAGUCGCCAUCACGGCAAAACGCGGCCAGGUCUACGAGGGGGCGGGGGCACUGGAUGACGUGGAGUUCGUUGACUGCGCACCACCUGUUCCUCCUCCUUCAGGCUUGUCGUGUUCCGAGCUGUCCCGGUAUGAGUGCAACACGGGCGCCUGCAUCGACGACGGCCUCAUAUGUGACUACAGCGACGAUUGCCUUGACCUCUCUGACGAACUCGGGUCUCUUUGUACAUCGUAUAAGUACCGCUGUGACUUCGAACAUGGACUCUGCUCUCCGUGGACGGAAGAGAUCGUUGAUAAUGCGAAUUGGAUACUCCUGAAGGCUUCAGCAGACCCGCUGGGUACUCUGCCGGAUGGGGAUCAUACCCACUCCACGAGUGAUGGACACUACAUGGUAUUCAAUGGCCUCCCUACAAAGGAAUCGACAGAGCUGAUAGCGCAGCUUCACUCCCCGGUCAUUCGGGGAACAUCUGCAAAAUGCUCAUUCAGGUUCUGGUAUCAAGUAAGAGGACCAAAUCCAGGAACCAUCAAAGUGUACAGGCGGUAUAGUUAUUACGAGGAUGGCUUGACUCUUAUUAAGGAAAUGGACACGUCUGUUAAGAAUAUCUGGCUAAGGGCAGAUUUUAGAGUUCACAAUGAGACCGAGAAUAAGAAUUAUCAGAUCGUCCUCGAAGGCAGGGCGAGUCAGGACUACAUAGGCAGUCUCGCCGUCGACGAUUUCUCGAUGACGCCCCUGUGCGAGGAGUCUCUCAACCAGAAUCUUCCCGGAGGAGACCACCUCACGACGCCUGUGCCCAUCUGCCCGCCGGGAGAGCUGGCUUGUGACAAUGGCCAGUGCUACAACCCGUCCGUGGCUUGUAACUUCCUGGACGACUGCGGCGACGGCACGGAUGAGCGAGGAUGCACUAAGAGCUGUGACUUCGAGACGGAGGGCGACACGUGCGGCUGGUUCGAGAGCCAGGCGGUGUCUGUCCACUGGAACCGCGGAGGCUUCCCUGCGAACCCUCCAGGACCUGAGAGCGAUCAUGCGCAUGGCACUCAUUCGCAUGAUCUGGCGUCUUUCAAGUCAGGGGGCUCUGCCGGUCAGCUGGCGAUCUUAGAGUCUUACACCUUCUCCUCGGUCAGCCGGAGUUGCGUGCUGUCCUUCUGGCACUACCUCGCCACGACCGGCUCGACUCCAGUGUUCCUUGGGCUCUUUAGGAAGACGGAGCAAGACGCGGCCAACGGCAAACCCCCGGAGCAGCUGUGGAGCGGCUCUUCAGACACGAGCGGAUGGAAGCGCCAGUUCGUCAAUCUGAAGGGAAAACGAGACUUCACUUUGCACUUCCAGGCCGUUCACGAGGAUGGGGAUACGCACAUCGCUAUAGACGACAUCAGAUUCGAGGAGUGCGCCCCACACGUCAACGAAUGCCAGAGUGAGAUCGACUUUGCAUGCGACGAUGGCUCUUGCAUCCCGAGGCAGCACCGGUGUGAUGCGCAGUAUGACUGCCUUGACAAGAGUGAUGAGUUCCAGUGUCCUAAUGUUAAGGGUAACUGCAACUUCGACUCAAUGACCUGGCUGAGUGAGUGUGCCUACAAGCAACGAGAAGACGACGACCUCGACUGGUUACACGCCAGCUCCUCCGGGAUCGUUGGCGUCGGCCCAGACCACGACCACACUUUGGGCUCCAAUGGACACUAUUUGUACGUCACUAACUUUGGAGGUGUUCAAGGGCUGCUUGCAACAUUAAUGCCAGACCAGAAGUACCCUGCUUCAAAGGGCGUGUGUUACAUCCGCUUCUGGUACUUUAUGCACACAAGCCAUCAGGUUGCAGAAAAUGUGGAUCUAGGAACACUCAGAGUAUAUUUAGAAAACAACGCCGGCGAGAGGCUGGUGGUGUCAAUCCGAAGUGGAAACCAAGAGAAGAACUGGCUGGAGGAGAUCAUUCUGGUGGAAGCGGACGAUGAGUUCCACGUUGUCUUCGAGGCUGAAACUGGCACUUCUAAAGACACCUACAUCGCCCUUGAUGACGUUUCGUUCACACCCGAGUGCGAGACGGGCGUCGGCCCCCCGCCCACGAACACGACGUGUCCAGCGGGCGAGCUCCCUUGCAACGUGGGCGGAUGCGUUCCUGCCGAUUUCUUCUGCGAUUGCUUCUACGACUGCGUGGAUGGGUCGGAUGAGUUUGGAUGCACCCAGAGUCCUUGUUCCACCAUCGCUACGCGCCCAACCACCACCUCCACCACCACCACCACCACCACCACUACCACCACCACCCCUGGUCCGGAUCAGUGCAAAGCUACGGAAAUUUCGUGCGAGGACAGUGCCAACACUUGCCUUCCCGCACUUCUCCUGUGUGAUGGCAUUGACGAUUGCCCCGGAGCUACGGAUGAACGCAAUUGCCCGGACAAAACACCGUGCGACCCUGGUUUCUUCUACUGCGCCGACUACUUCAUGCAAGAACACCCUUGCUUGCCCGUCGAGAACCUGUGCGACGGCCGCGUCAAGUGUCGCAGUCACUCCGCUGACGAGUCCCUGUGUGGAGAGUGUCCCAGCAACUACUGCCAGAACGGGGGCCAGUGCAGCUAUAUUGACGGGCCGCCGCAGUGCGACUGUCCUGGGCAGUACACCGGAGAUCGCUGCGAGUUGAUUGCAGGCACAGAUAUCACGACGUCUUCGCCUAUUUCCCCUGGAGACGCUGGAGGUCUGAGUCCUGGGGCUAUUGUAGGAAUAGUACUAGGGGUCCUUGCCAUCCUUAUCUGCAUUGCCCUUAGUGGCUAUUACUACUGGAAGAAGAAGCAGUACUCUUCCUCGCCUCCGGUCCAGAGCGACUGGGACAACCCCCGCAACCAGCCCUACUUCGGCCUGGACAUCCCCCUCCCGACCGCCGACGAAUACCCACUCGAAGACCUCUCGCGUUCGAGCACCACAGGAGUGUCGAAUCCGUCGUUCCUCGCAGACCAUGAAAACCCGGUGUCUGAUUUAUGAAAUCCCGAAGACUUAGCAGAGAGAGAGAAAGAAACAAUUUGAAUUUAAUAUGCGAAAAGAAUCAUCAAAAGUUCUCUGAUUUAUAAAAUUAUUUUUCGAAAAAAAAAAAAAAAUGAUAUGCAGACAUAGUCAUGAAAAGUUCUCUGAUUUAUAAAACUUUUUUUUUCGAAAAUAGAAGAGUAACAAAACAUGAAAUGGUCUCUGCCUGAUGAAAUGGUAAUCUUUAGAAACUAGGACAAUUGUGUAAUUUUUUUAGGCAGAGAUCCAUUUUCUGUAAUUAAUAUCUCUGGUAAAUUGUGAAACUGACUCUCCGCUUCCUAUGAAUUUUGCUAUAAUCAGAGAAAACAAAAUCAAGACAGCUUUUCUUUCUCUUGACGACUGUUUCUUUCUGAUAAAUAGAUCUGAUAAAUACUUCCGUUGUAUAUAGAUCUGCUUAGACCAUUAUGUACGUUAAAAGUAACAUAUCUAACGUUCAGAUUUGUUUUUGUUUUUUUAUAUAUUCACUUAAAGAUGUCUCAGGUUCUUUCUUCACACAUGGAGAAUCUUCGUAGAGAGAUGUAUAUGUACAAAUGUUCAAUGCGAUAUUCUCUUCAAUCUAAGUAAUAUAUGUAUUGUGUAUUUAUAAAUGUAAAGGAUAA